AUUCCGAGAGAGAGAUAGCGGAGGACGAUGGCUUUGACGGUGGCGAAGAGUGCGUUGGAAGCGAUUAGAGAGAAAGGUCUCGGCGGUUUCAUGAGGAUGAUCCGAGAAGAAGGCUUCCUGAGAUGCCUACCAGAUGGGAACCUCUUGCAAACUAAAAUACACAACAUAGGAGCAACACUUGUUGGUGUUGACAAGUUCGGUAACAAAUACUACCAGAAGCUGGGCGAUACUCAAUACGGUAGGCACAGAUGGGUAGAGUAUGCUUCAAAGGAUCGUUACAAUGCAUCUCAAGUGCCAGCUGAAUGGCACGGGUGGCUUCAUUUCAUCACUGAUCACACUGGAGAUGAGCUCUUGAGUUUGAAACCAAAAAGGUAUGGGCUUGAGCAUAAAGAGAACUUCUCUGGGGAAGGUGAUGCAUACAUCUACCAUUCGAAGGGACAUACCUUGAACCCGGGACAAAAGAACUGGACUCGGUACCAAUCAUGGGUACCCACCAAGACUCAGUAAGGAGAUGAUAUUUUGGUUUAUGCUCUGUGAGAUUUUCUCUUGAGUGAGAUUUGUUUGUUUCUGUGUCUUUUUAAUAAAAGCUGUCUUGGAUC